AUGAGCAAGCCUGCCGGAUCAACAAGCCGCAUUUUAGAUAUCCCCUGCAAAGUGUGUGGCGACCGCAGCUCGGGGAAACACUACGGUGUCUACGCCUGCGACGGCUGCUCGGGGUUUUUCAAACGGAGUAUCCGACGGAAUAGGACGUAUGUCUGCAAAUCUGGAAACCAGGGAGGCUGCCCGGUGGACAAGACUCACAGAAACCAGUGCAGGGCGUGUCGGCUGAAGAAGUGUUUGGAAGUCAACAUGAACAAAGAUGCCGUGCAGCACGAGCGGGGGCCUAGGACGUCCACCAUCCGCAAGCAGGUGGCCCUUUACUUCCGAGGACACAAGGAGGAGAACGGGGCGGCCGCGCACUUCCCCCCCGCCGCGCUGCCCGCGCCGGCCUUCUUCACCGCGGUCACACAGCUGGAGCCGCACGGCCUGGAGCUGGCGGCGGUGUCCGCCACCCCCGAGCGGCAGACCCUCGUGAGCCUGGCUCAGCCCACGCCCAAGUACCCCCAUGAAGUGAACGGGACUCCAAUGUAUCUCUAUGAAGUGGCCACAGAGUCGGUGUGUGAAUCAGCUGCCAGGCUUCUCUUUAUGAGCAUCAAGUGGGCAAAGAGCGUGCCAGCAUUCUCCACACUGACUUUGCAAGAUCAGCUGAUGCUUUUGGAAGAUGCUUGGAGAGAACUGUUUGUUCUAGGAAUAGCACAAUGGGCCAUUCCGGUUGAUGCUAACACUCUACUGGCUGUAUCUGGCAUGAAUAGUGACAACACAGACUCCCAGAAGCUGAAUAAGAUCAUAUCUGAAAUACAGGCUUUACAAGAGGUGGUGGCUCGGUUUAGACAACUCCGGUUAGAUGCUACUGAAUUUGCCUGUCUAAAAUGCAUUGUCACUUUCAAAGCUGUUCCUACACACAGCGGUUCUGAACUGAGAAGUUUCCGGAAUGCGGCCGCCAUCGCAGCUCUUCAAGAUGAGGCUCAGCUAACUCUCAACAGCUACAUCCAUACCAGAUAUCCCACUCAACCCUGUCGCUUUGGAAAACUCCUGUUGCUUUUGCCAGCUUUACGUUCUAUUAGUCCAUCAACCAUAGAAGAAGUGUUUUUCAAAAAAACCAUCGGCAAUGUACCAAUUACAAGACUGCUUUCAGAUAUGUACAAAUCCAGUGAUAUCUAA